AUAUAUGUUAAGUGACGUUUCGUUGAGCCAAGCGAAAGCGUAUCUUGUUUGUCUUUUCUUUACAAACUUUAAGUGGUAUUACAUGAAAUAAAUGUGAUAGAAUAAACGAAAUAUAAAUCGGAUUAUUAUAAUGACACUCAAAUCGAAAAUAUCAACUAAUGACACAGAUUCAGGGUCAGACUCUGACAGUGGUUCAAGCGGCAGUCAUAGCAAGAGCCCUAGUCCAGCUCCUUCUGGUAAAGAGGGAAGUCGUUCUCGGUCUGCUUCAAAAAGUCCAGCAAGAUCAGGGAGUGAGUCAGCAAACUCUAAUAGAUCCCGAAAAUCAUCAAAUGCUUCUCGAAGUAAAUCGAACUCUCCUGCACCAUCUAACAGAUCUCGUUCGGGCUCAGCUCGCAGUAAUAGGUCUGGCUCCUCCAGUCCUAAAUCUCAGGCAUCUGACAGCCAGAAAACAAGAGCUUCUAGAUCAAGGUCUGGAAGUGGCUCUAGAAGAUCCCGUUCAGGAUCUGGUAGUGCUCGAUCUCGUUCAGGCAGUGCCAAAUCUCGAUCAGUAAGCCCUAAGUCCGCUGCACAAAGUCCAAAAUCACGUAGCUCAAAAUCUAGAUCUCAGAGUCCAAACUCAGGGUCAAAAAGUCCAAAAUCUAGGUCUCAGAGUCCAAAGUCUCGUUCCCAUAGUCCAAAAUCAAGAUCUCACAGUCCUAAAUCUCAAACUGCUAAAAGUAGAUCUCGUUCAAAAUCUCGAAGUGGAAGCCCAAAAAGCAGGAAAUCCAGAUCUGGAAGUGGUUCCUCUAGGUCCAAGAGUCCAGUUACAAGAGAAGAUGUUCAGGACAGUAGGUCAAAUUCACCAAACCUUAUGAUAGAUGAUGAUCAAGGAAAAGAGAAGUCUAAAAGUAGAUCAAGAUCGGGAUCCCGACAAUCCAGGUCAAAAUCACGCAGCAAAUCCAAAUCUAAGAGCCGAUCACGAUCAAGAUCUAAGAGCUCUGAGGUGGAAACUGAUAAAAAGAAACGUGCUGUUUUGUCAGACUCUGAUAGCGAUGCGGAUACCAAAGGUGCACCCAAACGUAAGAAAGAAGGUUCAGAGAGUGGUUCAGACAGUAGCAGUAAACCUGAAAAAAAGAAGUCAAAAAAAAUCAUUGACUCAGAAGAUGAAAAUCAGGAAAAGACUGUGACGGCCGAUGCUUUAUUUGGUGAUGCGUCGGAUAUUAGUACGGAAGACGAGGGUGAGAAGAAGUCGAGGUCGGGCUCCCGCUCAAGGUCAAGGUCGAGGUCGAGGUCGCGCAGUCGCAGUGCACAAAGGUCGGACGAUGAACGCCGUUCUGGUGAUGAAGCGAAGGCUAGUGGAGAAGAGGAGAAUAGAGAGAAACCAGAAGAGGAAGAGGAACAGGAGAUCCCGGAAACUCGUAUAGAUGUCGAUAUGCCCAAGAUAUGGAUUGAGCUCGGCAAGGAGCUGCAUUUUGUGAAGUUGCCCAACUUUUUGUCAGUAGAGACUAGACCUUAUGACCCAAACACUUAUGAAGAUGAGAUCGACGAAGAGGAAACUUUGGAUGAAGAAGGUCGAGCUAGAUUGAAAUUGAAAGUAGAGAACACAAUACGUUGGCGUACGAUAUUCGACAAAGAAGGCAACGCAUGCAAAGAAUCGAACGCCCGUAUGGUUAAAUGGUCUGAUGGCAGUAUGUCUCUACAUCUCGGCUCUGAAAUAUUCGACGUAUACAAACAACCUUUACACGGCGAUCACAAUCAUCUGUACGUUCGUCAAGGCACAGGUCUCCAAGGGCAGGCCGUGUUCCGUACCAAGUUAUCGUUCAGGCCUCACUCGACUGAGUCAUUCACUCACAGGAAGAUGACACUCUCUCUAGCGGACAGAUCCACUAAGACGUCCGCCAUUAAAAUCCUGUCGCAAGUCGGUGCCGAUCCUGACGCCGAUAGGAAAUAUCAGUUGAAGAAAGAAGAAAUGGAACUGCGCGCAGCGAUGCGAUCGCGAGCUUCAACUCGUCCUAAGAGGCGAGCGGGGGGCGGGGGUGGGGGAGGGGGGCGCGGCGCCGGCGCCCGGGCCGGGGAUGACUCGGAGGACGAAGGCGGAGUCUCAUUGCAGGCAAUCAAGAACAAAUACAAGCAGGGGCAGAAAGCGACGGCAGGCGCGGCAAUCUACUCCUCCGAGUCUGACGGGUCCGAUGUCGAAACUCGUCGCGCUCGUCGUCUGGAUCGUGCUAAAGCACUCAAAGACUCUGACUCCGAAGGAAGCGCAGCGGAAGGCGGCGGCGAUACGCCACAGCGUAGCCGCAGUGCUAGUCACACUGGCAGCGGCAGCGGGAGCGAGUAACCUUAGCAUGAUAGAUUUAAGUUUGACUAAACAUUGCGGGCGGGCUAAAUUAUAUAUGGCAACGCUGAAACAUGAAAAUAUGUCUGAAUGCUCUAGAUAUUAAGUUAUUGUAAAUAAAUUAUAGCGUAAU